AAAAAAAACUGUAGUAAAUACUGAUCGGAGAAAGUCACAGUGAGAGUUCACAGUCAAAGCUGCCCCUUUCGCGAUGCACCUUUCACCUCUUUUUUCUCUCUCCCUUACACCCUCUCAGCAAAAACCCUAAUAAUUACUCAGUCCGGGCUUUCCAAAAGGUUUGGAGAUUAACGUUCGGGGGACUCUGUGGUUUUUGUAUUUUUGGUUGGAAGGGUUUGUUGUAAUGGAAGCAGGGUCAGGUUACAACUCUGUUCCUCCUUCAACCUCUUUUGAUAAGUCUAGAGUCUUGGAUGUGAAGCCCCUGCGCAGUUUAAAACCAGUUUUCGCAAGUGCAUCUGAAACUCCUCCCUUUGUAUGCGGCCUACCUAAUGGCCCUUUCCCUUCUGGAUUUACGCCGUUUUACCCAUUUAGUGUCCCACAAGGAUCUCCAAUGCAGAUGCCAAUGGGUCCUAUACCGACUCCUCUGCGAGCCUUUCGAAGCACCCAAUCACCAGAAUCUUCGAGAGCAUUUGAUGGGGAUGAUGGGCUGUCAAUGGAAAUGGACGGGAAUGCAGAUGGUUAUUUUGAUGGUCAAAAGCGUGGAGCUCCCUUGCGCGGCUCCAGCUCUUCACAGAGGAAGACACGGAAGAAUCAGGACACUAAAUCUUCCCUCUCCUAUGCUGCCAGGAAAGGGUCAGGUACAGUUUUUGUUGGUGAUAUUAGUCAAGUUGAUAGGGAUGACGGUAACAGGGAAUUGGUUAAUCGUGUGCUUAUGAGAUUUGAUGCACUUCGGAGAAGACUCAGCCAAAUGGAAGAUGCCAAGGAACUGAGCAAUGGGAUAAUCAAGCGAGCGGAUUUAAAAGCUGGAAAUCUUUCGAUGAGCAAAGGGAUCCGCACAAACAUGAGGAGGAAGAUUGGAGCUGUGUCUGGAGUUGAGAUUGGGGACAUCUUCUUUUUUCGUAUAGAAUUGUGUGUGGUGGGAUUACAUGCGCCGUCUAUGAGUGGUAUUGACUAUCUUAUUGUCAGGGAUGCAUUGGAUCAAGAGCCAGUGGCUGUGAGCAUUGUUUCGUCUGCAGAAUAUGGUGAUGUGGAGGAUGGGGAUAUUCUUAUUUAUAGUGGUCAGGGUGGGAAUUUUGGUAAGAAAGACAAACAAGCAACUGAUCAGAAGCUUGAAAGGGGUAAUCUCGCUUUGGAGAGAAGCUUUCGGCGGGGCAAUGAAAUUAGAGUCGUCCGUGGUAUCAAAGAUGCUGUUAAUCCAUCAUCAAAGGUCUAUGUCUACGAUGGGCUUUAUAAAAUUCAAGAGUCGUGGACUGAGAGGAAAUCUGGUUGCAAUAUAUUCAAGUACAAAUUUGUGAGGAUGCCGGGGCAGCCUGUUGCGUUUGCUGCUUGGAAAUCAAUUCAGAAGUGGAAGGAAGGAUUCUCUUCAAGGGUUGGACUUAUUCUUCCGGACCUCACGUCAGGAGCUGAAAAUAUACCUGUUUCACUUGUAAAUGAUGUGGAUGGAGAGAAGGGCCCUGCUCAUUUCAUUUAUUUUCCCUCUCUCAAGUAUUCGAAAUCAUUUGACUUAACACAGCCUUCAUUUGGAUGCAACUGCCGUAAUGCAUGCCAACCAGGUGAUCCCGACUGCUCUUGCAUUAGGAAAAAUGAAGGUGAUUUUCCAUAUACUUCAAACGGGGUUCUUGUGGGCCGAAAGCCUUUGAUACAUGAAUGUGGCCCCACAUGCCCUUGCUUUCCUAACUGCAAAAACCGAGUUUCCCAGAGUGGUUUGAAAGUUCACUUGGAAGUUUUCAAAACAACAGAUAGGGGCUGGGGCUUGCGGUCAUGGGAUCCUAUUCGCACUGGUACUUUUAUAUGCGAGUAUGCAGGUGAAGUUAUUGACAAAGUCAAGGGAAAGCAGGGUGGGGAGGAAGUUGAAAACGAUGAGUAUGUUUUUGAUACAACCCGUGUUUAUAACUCAUUCAAGUGGAAUUGUGAACCUGGGCUAUUGGAGGAGGAAAGUUCUAAUGACUCUGAAGAGGAGUACAAAAUUCCAUCUCCCCUAGUCAUAAGUGCUAAGAAUAUGGGAAAUGUAGCACGAUUUAUGAACCAUAGUUGCUUGCCAAAUGUUUUUUGGCAGCCAGUUUUGUAUGAACACAAUAAUCAAUCCUUUCUUCAUAUUGCCUUUUUCGCAAUUAGACAUAUCCCCCCUAUGACAGAGUUGACUUAUGAUUAUGGGAUUGCUCGCUCUGAUGAGGCUGAGGGCAACAGCGCACGCAAUCGGAAAAAGAAAUGCUUAUGUGGUUCAUCAAACUGCCAUGGUUAUUUUGGUUAGUUGCGUACCAGCAGAAAUGCAUGGUGCCGGCAAACAGGGUCCUGGCUGUAAGGUUUGAAAUCUCCCUUAUAUGUACAUCUUAUCUUCAUUGCUGGAAAAUGUUUGCAAGUGUAAGCUGAUUGUCAUAUUAUUUUGGUAGGUGAUGACAUGUUAGCAUAUCUUACUGCCUCUGUUUUGAUGGUUUUAUUCUUAUUAAGGCAUCACAUACUGCAGCAACGAAUUCCACAUCACCAGAGCAAUAAAUCUGUAAUACUCUAGAAUAUUACCUUGUAACAGAAUGAAGGAAUGAUGAACAGGUGUCAUGUAGUGAGUGGAGAGAAUAUUUUGAGUUUGUUAGAGAUCGUGUCCAUAAAUAUGUAAACAGCUUGUAAUAGAAAAUAUGAGAAAACGAAUAUGACAGUAAACUCUGCCUUGUGAUUUCUCCUUUAUACAAACAAUUGGUGUUCUUCAUA